AUGGACCUAUACGACGGGACUACCGACCCAAAGCAUCACCUGAGUAAUUUUAAAAGUCGGAUGUACCUAGCCGACGCUUCUGAUGCUACUCGCUGUAAGGCCUUUCCGACGACUUUGACAAAGGCAGCGAUGAAGUGGUUCGAUAGCCUCCCUCCCAGGUCGGUUACCAGCUUCGAGGACUUCUCCCGAAAGUUUCUCAUGCGAUUUUCAAUCCAGAAGGAUAAAGUAAAGCACGCACUGAGUCUCCUGGGAGUAAAACAGGAGGUCAGAAAACCUUUGAGGGACUACAUGGAAAGGUUCAACAAGGCGUGUCUAGAAAUUCAAAAUCUGCAUACAGAAGCAGUAAUUAUAGACCUAGUAAAUGGACUCCGAGAAGGUCAUUUCUCUCAGUCCAUCUUGAAAAGGCAUCCGACUUCUUUGAGUGAUGUACCAGAAAGAGCUGAGAAGUACAUUAAUAUGGAGGAAAAUGCCAGGCUACGAGAACCCAGCUGGCGACCUGGGCACUCUCACCCAUCAAGGGAAAAGGAGAGGGAGCCCAAGAAAAAAGAAGAAGUCGGGCCUGAAAGGCCUAGAAGAUAUCACUCUUAUACUCCUCUGCGAGUUUUUCUAGUCGACAUCUAUAGGAAAAUUUGCCAUACUGAAAAGCUACCUCCCCCUAGGCCCAUCAAGAAUAAGAAAGGGGGAAGUUGUAGUGAAUACCGCGAGUACCAUAAACUAUAUGGGCUCUCAACAAAUGAUUAUUACGACUUGAAAAAUGUGAUAGAAAAGCUGGCCAAAGAAGGUCAGCUUGACAGAAUCUCACGGAAAGGUCGGACCCUCAUGGCAAGAGGAAGCGAGAUGAGGAGGAUCGAAGAGAUCCGCCACCGCAGACCCCGAAAAGACAUAAACAUAUGA